CCACCACUCUCUUCUGUUCUCCUGCAUUUUCCACCACAACCGCUCUUCCUCCUCUCCUCGUCUCGGCGCGUUCCAUGGCCACCUCUUCCUCCCUCUUCCUCCGCGGCUAAGCGUAUUCCUUCUCCACUUCUGCUCGCUCGCGCGGCCUCGCGGGCGGGCGAUCGCCUCUAUGGCUGCCGCUGGCGGGCGUUCCGUCCUCCAUGUCACCGCUCCGGUUCGCGGCGCUAGCCCGUUGUUGCUCCGGCGUCUCCGGUUUGGUCGAGGCGGUUGUGCGGUCUCGACUGCGCAGCGGCUCCGCCGUCUCCUUCUCCUCCCCCGCGGCCCGGCGGUGGGCACCACCGCCCGCGCCACGGCCGAGCCCUCCGCCUCGGGCGCGGCGGUCGACGCGGCGGCGGCGGCGGCGGGAGAGGAGGGGGCCAGUGCGACCGUGCUGCUCGACGUGAGUGGGAUGAUGUGUGGCGGCUGCGCGGCGCGGGUGCGGACCAUCCUGGCCUCGGACGAGCGGGUGGAGACCGCGGCGGUGAACCUACUCGCCGAGUCGGCGGCCGUGCGGCUGAGGUCGCCGGAGCCGGGUGCCGGGCAGGAGCUCGCGGCGAGGCUGACGGAGUGCGGGUUCCCUUCGGUGGCGCGGCGAGGGGGCGCGGCCUCAGGUGCCGGCGACAGUGCGCGGAAGUGGAAGGAGAUGGCGGCCAGGAAGGCCGAGCUCCUCACGCGGAGCCGAGGGCGCGUCGCCUUCGCGUGGACGCUCGUUGCGCUCUGCUGCGGCUCGCACGGAACCCAUUUUCUCCACUCGCUCGGCAUCCAUGUCGGCCAUGGAACUUUUUUGGAUUUGUUGCAUAAUUCGUAUGUGAAAUGUGGUAUUGCUAUAGCGGCACUGUUUGGACCUGGAAGAGAUAUACUUUUUGAUGGUCUUCGAGCAUUCAAGCAAGGGUCCCCCAACAUGAAUUCUCUUGUAGGGUUUGGGUCUGCCGCAGCAUUUGCUAUCAGUGCAGUAUCCUUGCUGAACCCUGAACUGGAGUGGAAUUCCACCUUUUUUGAUGAACCGGUCAUGCUUCUCGGAUUUGUGCUUCUUGGACGAUCUCUUGAAGAAAGUGCCAGGCUUAAGGCUUCUAGUGAUAUGAAUGAGCUCAUUUCACUCUUAUCACCUCAGUCAAGACUAGUCGUUACUUCCUCUAGCGACGAUCCUUCCUCAGAUGGUGCUUUAAAUUCAGAUGCAAUCACUGUUGAGGUUCCUGUCGAUGAUGUUCGUAUUGGAGACUUGAUAUUAGUCCUUCCUGGAGAAACGAUCCCUGUAGAUGGAAAUGUCCUUGGAGGGUCAAGUUAUGUUGACGAAUCAAUGCUAACUGGGGAAUCCUUGCCAGUACCCAAGGAAAAAGGCUCUUCUGUAUUUUCUGGAACUGUAAACUGGGAUGGUCCUUUAAGGAUCAAAGCUACAUCAACUGGGCCAUCAUCAACAAUUGCUAAGAUUGUCCGAAUGGUUGAGGAUGCACAAGCACGCGAAGCUCCCGUUCAAAGGCUUGCAGAUUCAAUUGCAGGGCCAUUUGUUUAUACUGUUAUGACAUUGUCUGCAGCAACAUUUUCUUUCUGGUAUUACAUUGGCACCCACAUCUUUCCAGAGGUUCUUCUUAAUGAUAUUUCUGGCCCAGACGGGGAUUCAUUACUAUUGAGCUUGAAACUUGCUGUGGAUGUACUUGUUGUUUCCUGUCCUUGUGCACUUGGAUUAGCUACACCUACAGCUAUCUUGAUAGGGACUUCACUGGGUGCUAAACGGGGACUACUUAUUAGAGGGGGUGAUGUUUUGGAGCGUUUAGCUGGAAUAGAUGCCAUUCUACUUGAUAAGACAGGGACACUAACAAAAGGAAGACCAGUAGUUACUUCUAUAGCUUCUUUAGCAUUUGAGGAAGAGGAGAUUCUUCGUCUCGCCGCUGCAGUGGAGAAAACAGCAUUGCAUCCUAUUGCAAAUGCUAUAAUGGAUGAGGCCGAACGUCUCAAACUGGAUAUCCCAACCACAAGUGGCCAGCUUACAGAGCCUGGUUUUGGCUGUUUGGCAGAAGUAGAUGGGCGUUUGGUUGCAGUAGGAACUUUGGACUGGGUCCACAAUCGUUUUGAGACCAAGGCAUCAUCAACUGAUCUGAGAGAGCUUAGAAACCAUCUAGAGUUUGUGUCUUCCAGUGAGGAAUCAUCUACUCACUCAAAAUCAAUUGCUUUUGUUGGCCGUGAAGGAGAAGGAAUAAUAGGUGCUAUCGCUAUAUCAGAUGUUCUGCGUGAUGAUGCAAAAGCUAUCGUGAAUAGGCUCCAGCAGGAAGAAAUCACAACGUUCCUAUUAUCAGGAGACAGGAAAGAAUCAGUUGAAAGCAUCGGGAGAACUGUAGGGAUCCGAAGUGAAAACAUAAAGUCAUCCUUAACUCCACACGAAAAGUCGAGCAUUAUAACUGCUUUGCAAGGGGAGGGGCAUCGGGUUGCAAUGGUUGGCGAUGGAAUAAAUGAUGCACCAUCUUUAGCAGCUGCUGACGUGGGAAUAGCUAUGCGAACUCACGCAAAAGAGAGCGCUGCGUCUGACGCGGCUUCAGUUGUUCUAUUAGGAAACAAACUCUCUCAGGUAAUGGAUGCGCUAUCACUUUCAAAAGCAACUAUGGCCAAAGUUCACCAAAAUCUGGCCUGGGCUGUGGCGUAUAACAUAGUAGCCAUUCCCAUUGCUGCUGGAGUGCUACUGCCUCAAUUUGAUUUUGCCAUGACACCAUCUCUUUCAGGGGGAUUGAUGGCCUUGAGCUCCAUCUUUGUUGUCAGCAAUUCUUUACUUCUACAGCUACAUGGAUCGUUUGAGAACACGGAAAAACAACGGGGUAAUCUCAACUCCAGACUGAAUUAAAUCUGGUUCUGAGACAAUAUAUGUACAGGAUCAUAGAGUGACCAACCCCGGCUCAAGCAUCAAUGCGUAUAGGUUUAAGGAGUAAUUUUGUGUUUGCUAAUGUUUGUUGUACAGUAGUAGAUACAGGCAUACAGGAAUCAUCGGACUGAUCCCAAAGGUCACCGAACAUUAUCAAACUGGGAACUUGAUUGUUAGUUGAAAGAAGAUAUUGUAAUAGCAAUGAGACUACAGAUAUUAGAGCUUGA